ACCACAGAAAGCACCACAUCUGUGGGAACCAAAACACCAGAAAGUACCACAACCGGGACCACAACUGCAGAAAGCACCACAGCUGAGACCACAACUCCAGAAAGUACCACAACUCUAGAAAGUACCACAAAUGACUUCACAACAGCAGAAAGCACAACUGCGACCACAACUGUGGGUUCUUCAACAACAGAAAGCACCACAGCAACAGAAAGUACCACAAGCGAGACCACAACAGCAGAAAGCACUACAACUGAGACCUCAACACCAGGCACUACAACCACUGAAAGUACAACCACAGCCACAACAACUGCAGAAAGUACCACAACCGAGACCACAACAGCAGAAAGCACAACUGAGACCACAAGUGUGGGUUCAACAACAACAGAAAGCACCACAGCAACCACAACAGCAGAAAGUACAACUGAGACCACAACACCAGGCACUACAACAAUUGAAAGUACAACCACUGCCACAACAACUCCAGAAAGUACAACAGCCGAAACCACAACCACAGAAAGCACCACAUCUGAGGGAACCACAACACCAGAAAGUACCACAACUGCUGAAAGCACCACAUCUACGGAAACCACAACAACAGAGAGUACCACAACCGAGACCACAACAGCAGAGAGCACCACAACAGAAAGCUCCACAUCUCCAGAAAGUACCACAAGCAAAAUCACAACAACAGAAAGCACCACAACUGAGACCACUACUCCAGAAAGUACCACAACUCUAGAAAGUACCAGAACCGAGACCACAACUCCAGAAAGUACCACAACCGAAUCCACAACAGCAGAAAGCAGAACUGUGGGUUCUUCAACAACAGAAAGCACAACAGCAACAGAAAGUACCACAAGCGAG